AUGGCUCCGCCGCAGACCUUCAGGCCUCCACCGGAGAUCCUCAGGGCUUCGUCGCACAUCCUCAGGGUUCCACCUAAAAUGUUUGCACAUGAGGCCCACGUCCUCCUCCCGCCUCAAGAAACGCCGACGUGCAGCGGUUCCGGAGGUGGUUUCCCAGCCAGCCUACGUGAGGGCUGCAGCAACCCCAGUAUAACCCUGCUGAGCUCCCUUCAAGGGUGGUUGUCUCUACUAAAGACUAAGAUCGACACCUCCACCCAUCUUCCAAAGGGUCUGGUCAACACCUUUAUCGCUGCCUCUCAGCCUUCUCAAGCCCAGGAUUUAUCACCCACGAUCAUCCUGUCCGCAUUUAUUCACCUGACUACAGAGACUCCAUCCAUCUCCACCCGUUCGGCACGCCACAGAUGCCGCCAUAGGCUUAAGGCUGCCGCCUCAGGUGACGCCGAAGAUAAGCUCGAUGCUUCUGCCUCAGCCGCCGCCGAAGAUCAGCUCGAUGCUUCCACCUCAGCCUCCGCUGAAGGUCAGCUCGACGCUUCCGCCUCAGCCGCCGCCAAAGGUGAGCUCGACACUUCCGCCUCAGCUCCUGCCUCUGCUGUGGGGCGGCCCGACGCCUCACCUCCUGCCUCCGCUAUGGGUCGGACCGAUGCCUCAGCUCCUGCUGAUCAGUUACCACCGUCGUCAUCUACACUCCUGGCUCAGACAUCAUCCACUUCGUCAUCCACACUCCUGGCUCAGUCAGCAGCAUACUCCUCGUCAUCUACACUCCUGGCUCAGUCAUCAUCAUCCUCAUCAUCAUCUUCAUCAUCUACACUCCUGGUUCAGACAUCAUCAUUAUCUUCAUCACCUCCAGUCUCUGCUAAAGGGUGGCCAGUUGUUCCUGUUCCCGCGUUCCGAUAG